AUGGCUAUUGCAAGUGUUUAUCUUGGCCCUAUUGAUAUAGCCGACCUGGAAGCCAGUAAUAUGUCUAUACCAGCGGAAUGCACCGUUCUCGUGGUCGGCGGUGGCCCAGGAGGAUCAUAUGCCGCAUCUGUGCUUGCCAGAGAAGGAAUUGAUACCGUAUUGUUGGAAGCCGAUGUUUUCCCAAGAUACCACAUUGGAGAAAGCAUGCUGCCAUCUCUGAGGCAUUUCUUAGAAUUCAACGGUGCAUUGCCUGAAUUCGAAGCUCAUGGAUUUAACAUGAAAAAGGGGGCAGCGUUUAAGUUCAACAGCAAGCUACCAGGAUAUACCGAUUUUCUCAAGGCCGGAGGCCCUCAUAACUACACUUGGAAUGUGUUACGAUCCGAGGCAGACAGCAUACUGUUCCAUUAUGCCGGAGAGUGCGGUUGCAAAACUUUUGAUGGCGUGAAGGUCACUUCCUUAGAGUUUCGAGCGACUGAGCCGUCAGUAAACGGCAACGUUGGCUUCCCCGAGUCUGCAUCUUGGACACGAAGAGACAAAGGCACCGGGAGCAUCCAAUUUGAAUAUCUGGUGGACGCAAGCGGGCGAGCCGGAUUAAUGAGCACGAAGUAUUUGAAAGAUCGACGGUACAACGAAGGGCUGAAAAACACGGCCAUAUGGGGCUACUUCAAAAAUGCUGCAACAUAUGGUGUAGGCACCUCUAUGGAAGGCUCUCCCUACUUCAGUCGCCUCGAAGACGCAUCCGGCUGGACCUGGCGGAUUCCCCUUCACAACAGAACAACCUCCGUUGGUGUUGUUCAACACCAGAACAGUGUCAAGGCGAAAAAGCAAGCAAUGGGAUCGCCAUCAUCCAAAGACUACUUUCUGAGCUGUCUGCACGAAGUGUCUGGGAUUAUGGACCUGAUAGAAGGUGCGGAGCUCGUCUCCGAGGUCAGAUCCGCGUCGGAUUGGUCGUACAAUGCGUCAUCUUAUGCGGCUGCCAAUGUGCGCAUAAUUGGAGACGCUGGGUGCUUCAUCGACCCGCUUUUCUCAUCUGGCGUUUACCUUGCUCUUCUUGGGGCUCUGUCUGCGGCGGCCACAAUCUGCGCGUCCAUGAAAGGCCAAUGCAGCGAGCAGGCUGCCGGUAAGUGGCACUCCGAGAAAGUUCGCGACGCGUACACACGCUUUUUGCUGGUUGUGAGCAGUGCAUAUGCCCAAAUGGUCCACAAGGACCGUCCUGUACUUAAUGAGCUCGGUGAGAACAGCUUUGAUCGAGCAUUUGACAUAAUCCGGCCGACUAAGUCUACACUAUCUAGUAAUCCAAGGAACAGUCGACGCGAAUGGAAAAUUGCUGAAAAAGAGGUUCAGGAGUCCAUCGAGUUUUGUGUUCGUGUCCUUCUGAAAAUUGAUCAUGAGCAAUCCGGCGUCCACACAGAAAGUGCAAGAGCUGGCCACAUUUUUCAACAAGACGAACUUGAGAAUAUGAAGCAUAUCAUCAUGAACUCAAAUGAGACAUUCACACUCGACAGCUUCGGGGCCGAUGUCAUUGAUGGAUUGACUGCUAACAUAAAAAGAGGGUCACUGGGCCUGGAAAUUGUUGGCGAUACUUGUUCACAUGAUAACUUUCUUUUAAGGGCUGCCUAA